AUGCUGGCAGGGAAGGUGAACCACCGCUUCUUCUCCCACAGGUGCUUUCAGUCAUCCCGCCUUUGGACCUUCUGUCUGGGAGCAUUUGCCUGCAUAUCUUCGGAGACUCCGUUGCAGUAUGCGUCGAUUCAUCGACGUCACCACAGGUUCUGUGACCAGGAGGGUGAUCCCCAUUCCCCUGGCCGCAAGGGCUUUCUCUAUGCUUGGGCCUUCUGGAAUGCUGACAGGGAGAACUUCGAAAUCAAGUCCGCUUUUGUGCAGGACUGGCUGGCGAAGAAUCCAGAGCUGCUACUGCUGGAGGUUUACGGCACGUAUGCUAAGCACGUCCUGGACACAGUGAUCCUGAGCGUUCUCAUGGCAUUGCUGGCUCCUGCCUGGUUGCCCUCCAGUCUGCAGUACCAUCCGUUUACUGCAGCCUACGUCUUGGGAAACAUACUCGCCAGCAAUCUGUCACUUGCUUUCAACGCCUUCUCCCACGACAGCGCGAGCUCCGAGAAGCCGGGCAUGUGCCAGGCCUGGGACAUGCCGCUGUACGAAUUUAUUGGAGGAGGCAAAGCGUAUCAUUGGGAACACCACGACUUCCCGAACCUCGCACUCUAUGGUACUUGGUACCUGGAUGGCUCCUACUGCUUCUUUGCGGCGAUGGCGCGGCUAUGCCGUGCCGUACACAUAUUCGGGGAAAUGUUGGUCUUGACGACUGGCUCUCAUCGCACCAUCAAGGGGCUGCGACGUGCCAUCGGGUCGGAAAAGCUGCGCAGGCUGGGGAUCAGCUGCUUGGAGUGUAUCGGCACUUUAAUAACCAAGGCGGUGCGCACCUCUGAAGAGUCCUUUAUGUCCCUCUCGAGGGACAUGGUCGGACCCACCGGGCCAGGUUCCUGCUCAGUGGAGUUGAUCAGCUCUUGUGUGCCCAUGCAAGACAUCCGAGGUGCAUGUGGCCUUGGCUGCCGCAGUUGUGGAGUCUCAGGCGAUUCACUCCUGCCAUCAUCGAUCACGUAUCCUGCAUCUCGGAUGGCUUUGGGACACUUGUUCAUCGUGCUGCUGCUGUCGUUCGCUCCCAAUGCGGCCGCGGACUGCACGGCAGACUCUUGCGACGUUGAUGCGGAUGCCGCCGCUCUCGUGCAGCUGAAGGUCAAGGGCCCCGCCCAGGACAUCCAGGACCUGCUCGCAGCCUUGUGCGACUGCGAGGACAAGUGUCCGCCAACCUUCGAGAAGGCCGGUGGCAUCUUCUUGACGGGUUGCCUCAAGCAGAUAUCGGUGCCCGACGCAUGCACGCGACUGCACCAGAAGUGGUUUCCAAGUGCGGCAGCGGCAUCGCCGUACAAACCUGUUCGGUCGCUGUGUGCGGGGCUCCGCCUCGUUGCCGCUGGCGGCAGCCGGCAAAGCUCGGAGGACACGGACCUUGUUCACAAGCAGCUGGCAGCCCGCGCGAAGCUUGUGCAAGGCAAGAGCUUGGCAGGUCUUGACAGGACGACCACACAAAAGAUGUGUUUGGAGUCAGAUUGUGGUCGCUGA